CGACGGGGAUACAUACUUGCAGGUGCGGGAGCAGAUGCGGUCCUUUCACACUCGGAUCGGGCACACAACAGACAGGGUGACGAGGGACGCCGAGGCAGAGGCCUAUAUCGGGGAUGACGAGAUGAGCAGGUGCGCGUCCUGGUUGGUGGAGCACGACGCAUGCUUCCCGGACUUGCAGGAGAUCGCUGGCCGUGUGAUGCAUAUGUGGACGUUCGCCUCUCCUGCUGCAAGGAAUUGGGCAGAGCAUGAGCGCAUCCACACGGCCAAGCGCAACAAGCUCGAGUUCAGGAAGGUCGCGCAGUUAGUUGAGAUUGCUACAAAUCUCAAACUACUUGGAUGCAGCGAGAGGAGUGGGGGGUACGUUCUUCCGUGGGGUCACAUGGCGACCCUGGAUGAGGCGCAGCCAGAGGAGUACACACACCCGCUGGUGGACGACGAGGAUGAGGAGGAGCCUGAGCCAGAGGAGUGGGGAGCUAGACCUUAUGCGAGAGCCGAGAUACUACUUCCUUACGACUACGUGCCUCCACCGCCAGCAGAGCCGGUGCAGGCGUUGGAGGACCAGACGGACACGGAGGGAGGUGAGGAUUUGCCAGCAGGUGUAGAUAAGAGUGCCAAGAGACUCUACUACACGUAUGGAGGAGGAGCAGAUGGAUUUCAACCACGCUGCACUGCCAUUCGGGACAACGACGACGAUUCCAUCCCUACUACCAAUAUAGGGUUGGAUCGUGGACAGCGAGACGCUUCAGGCGGCGCGAGUGGAGUUGCUACAGGUGGCACGAGUGGAGAUGCUUUAGGCGGGGCGAGUGGUGUACUCCCUAGUGGAGAGAGAGAGAGGGAGGUGAUCGGGGUGGCCAGCGUGGAAGACGGCGACGACGAUGCGCCGUUGGUGACUCGCAGAGCACACUUGGCGCGCCAGGGAGCCGGCCCUGCCGCCGAGGGUCUUAGGAGAUCAGUUCGGCUGCAGACGCUGGCCAGAUCGACUUCAGGUGGUAGACACGAGGUGUCGGACCAUCUACACAAUAUCAGAGCUGAGGCGCAAAAGCCGAGCCAGCAUACACCCACCUCAGCACCUCGAGGCUACAGGGAGCAGAUGGAGCUGCGCACGAGUGACUUUCAGGGCCUUGGACUCGGAUUUUCGAGCAGCGGUGUUCGAGGACGAACUGACGGGCGAGAGAGAGUAGGGGAUGACAGACAGUAUCAUCCUAUGGAGGGUGGUGGAGCGGAGUCCACGGAGGAGCUCCAUGCCCGGAUGGAUCGAGAGGAAGAGCAGCGGCUGGAGCAGUUGCAGAGAGAGUGGGCAGGUAGAGUUGCGUACCUGGCGGAGCCGCAGCGUCUUCGGGACUUGGAGACCGGUUCUGCAGUCCCUCAUGCGGGCGGGGUCGAGCAUAACCCUGAUCCUCCAGUCACUCAGGAGGCUGUUCCUAUGGAGGGCGAUUUAGGCGAGUUGAACGGAGGCCGAAGACCCAACGCAGAAGGGGAUGAUGGGGUGGGUGAUGCGGGGCGUCUUGCACCUGCGCACUGUGCCGGUUUAGGUGAUGAUGAGGCGGGUGAUGAUCCGGCGGAGGUCGGAGGCAGUAUGUCGUUGGUGUUGGUGUUGCGUGAUCCUUCACCGGUGGCGCACGAGGUUGCGUCACAACCUGUGGAGGGAGGAGGUGGGGUGGAUGAGGAGGGGGAGGGUGGUACAACACAUGACCAUCAUGACCCCGUGAGAGCAGAUAUGGAGGAGGGGCAGAUUACACCGGUCCUACUCGACCCUGACGCGUUGCACAGUGCGCUAGUGGAGGAUCCGUUUAGCAAGGGACCUUCAGGAUCUCAUGGGGUCGGAGUUCGCUCGCCUCCGCUUUACACGCCUUUGAGCCCUCUGUAUUCUGGCUCUCCUGCGAGCUUGGAGCGCGAGCAGCAGCGUUCAGAGUCUAUCAGAGCAGCGGCUUCGGGUGCACGCACGACUCCCAUCCCCCCAAUUAGACCUCCUCCACCGACUGCGCUCCACGGUACUCCGCCACCUGUCAGGGGUAGUAUUGCCGGUAGAGGCCACAUGUCGUCGUCCUCGUCACCUCGCCUCGACACACAGCAGUCGGAUGACAAUGCGACGAGUUGAUGAUGGUGUGAGGAUUGAUUUCACGGCCCAACAUGCAUGAUUGAGGGAGGACUCGGAGGAGCAGUAGAGCGCACCGAGUAUCUA